AUGAAUAUAUGUGUUGUUGCUGAAAGACUUUGGGAGAUAACUCUUUUAUUCAUCAGACUAUGUAGAAGAGGAAAGAAAAUAUUUUCACAAAAAGCAUUAACAAGAAAGAAGAUGAAUCAUAAAGAGAAUGAUGAUGUAAAUUUACUGCUAGAAAGGAUCGGGCUUCAUAUCAUGAAAAAUGAGCUUUUGGUUUAUAAAAAAUUUAAACUUCGUACAACAUAA